AUGGCCAUCCCCGCCACAAUGCUGUCCCGCUCGUCGAGCAGCUCCGGCUCCUCCACCCCGUGGUUGUCGCCCGAUGCAUCCUCUAGCACCUGGAGGACAUCGUAUUCGGCCUCGGCUGACCUCAGCCGCCGCACCAGCUCAGCCUCCACCACCACCAACCGAUCCAGCAUCCCCGGCUCAGAGCCAUCCUACGCUCACGAUCCAAACGCCCAUGAGUGGUGGGAGCAUGUGCUUCCGCCCGGCCAGCUCGCAGAACGUCUUCGCAAGGCGCAGCGCUCUUCGAGUGCCUCGCGUCGACGAAACAACCCGGCGCUCGCCAACGCCACGCCUUCCGAGCGCAGUGCCUGGAAGAGGCUAUCCGGUCUGCCCCGGGAAGAGCCUCACCACGACAGGUCUGCAUCUUCCACCGCCGCUUCCAGCCGCCGCUCCUCCUUCCAGGGCACGUCAGCCACCCUGCCCCGCUCGGCUCUGCGCUCCAGCCUCCGCCAUGCCGAUUCGACCGCGUACAGCCACGCCCACCACUCCAGUCAGCCCGGUUCCAGCGCAGAGGUCUCUAGCGACGAGUACACCGCAAGUCCCACCGGCCGGCACAGCCCGCCCAGCAAUCUGCGCUACGUCUUUCCCAGCAGCACUUCGGCGUCGGCGCAGUCCGGAUCCUCUCGAUUGUCUGGCGUUCGCACCACCGGCAACAGCCCCGACUUGGCCUCGUCGCAAUGGGCAGCAAGCUCAUCCACAUCGUCGCCACACGCACCUGCGGUCGAUGCCAGUCACGCAGCCUCUCGCGGCUCGUACGGUCGGCGUAUGCGCGUCAUGAGCGAAGACGGCAUGGCAUCGUCGGUGUUUGCCCAUUCGAACGCGGCUUCGUACCGACUGCCGAGCUCGCAUUCCGCCAUCCACCUCAGCCACUACGCUGCCACCCAAGACCGAGCCAGGCCUGCUUCGCUGCACCACUCGCUGCCGGACACGCCCGAGCUCAGCUCCGAUGACGGCGCCGACCAUGUGCACUUUGCCACCUCCUCGUCCUCUUCCUCCACGACUACCACAACACAGCGCACUCGUCGCAUCAGCACCACGCGCACCACGAUCCGAUCCAGCCUCACGUCUCCCCCAACCAUCUUGCGCUCCGACUUUGAUCGACCGGACCAGCCGAUCUUUGCUGUAGGCCAAGACGAAGCGGGCAGCGCACGUCACGAACGACACGUCAGCUUUGAUACAGUGCCAGAGGUGCUGCGACGGGCCAGCGUUCACGAGACCCCCACCGCAAGCCACAGUCAGCCGGCGUUCAACUUUGGCAGCGUGCCCGGCCGCGAGCACUCCAGCCCGUUCGACACGCUGCCGCCACGAUCCAACAGCACGCGCCGUACACGCCACGGUGUGCGCGCGAGCGGAGGCAGGUCGACGAGCUUCUCGCUACCGGGCAGCCGUCGCAACUCGAUCCUCGGGGAUCGUCCGUUUGAGUUUGGGCACGCGGGCGCGCAUACCGCGGGCUCGAGCCAUCGACGCACCACGUCGGUGCCGGACGCGGCGCUGCUCGACAGCCUCAAUGUGGCACACAAGCAGCUGGCGUCGGCGGGCAAUCUGGCCAUCACGCUCACGCGCCAGCUGUCGGCGCCGCUGCGGCCCGUGCUGCAAAUGACGCUGUUUCUCAGCAUCUCGAGUCUCACGGUGCUGUCGCUCGCGUGCUUUCUGUGCGCGAGCUACAUGCUCACUGCGUGGGACGACGUGAGCAAGCGCUCGCACCGCGUGGGGCAGGUGGCGGGCAAGACGCGCCAUACGAUGGGACGCACGCUCACGUGGGGCAUGCGCAUGCUCGGUCCUGGCUCGGGCGCGGAGGGCAAGGAGAGCAAGGCCGGCAAUGGGGAUGCUGCGGGUGCGGGUGGCGUGCAGGGCGAGACGCGGAAGAGGAGGGAGAGUGCGUCGCGCGGGGCGGUGUCGGCGGCGGGACAUGCGAUGCUGUGGCCGGCGCGCAUCGCGUGGUCGGGUGCCAGUACCGUGGCGUUUCUCGUGACGCCGCCGGCGGUGUCGCACAUGUUCACGCACGGCCGCGAGGGGCAAAAGACGAAGCCGCGAUCGACGCUGCCACCGCGCCCGCCGCUGUCGACACUGCUCCCGUCGAUCCUGUUUACGCUACUGCUCGCGCUCGGUGCGGGGCUGACGACUUUCAUGGCGUCGCGCAAGGCUGCAGCUGCAGCGGCGACGGCGGGGGCGGGCGCGCGCACCGAACAGCCUGCGUCGUCGCAGCCGUACACGGUGCCGUCGCCAGGCGUGCAGUAUGUGCAUCUGCCCGCAGCGUCGCCGUUUGCGGGUGGGCAUAGGGCCAGUGGGAUGCGGCCGAGGAGCCAGCAAAGCGCCCAACGUGUGGUCUAG